ACAUUUCCGUUUUGACUGUUGAUCUUUUGUGUACAUUGACGCGCUGAGAAUCAGGCUCUGCAGAGGGAUAACGGGCUCUCAAAAUCUAAAAAUCGAUUAUUUUCGUUUUUGCUGUAAAUGUUUACAGCUUCUGUAGCGUUUGCAUAACCCGCAGCGCUGAACCCAGAACGGGCCCGAACCGCCGCUCGCUGUUGGGAGCUCGGUAGCUAGCUAACUUGACGAUGAUAACGAUGAUGAUGAUGCAUCAGAGGAACAGCGUUAAUCCCGGUGUCUCUGACUGAGAUGGAGCCAGCGACGCUCAAGUGGACUUGCUUGCUAGCUAGCUAGCGAGCUAACGGUGCCCGCCGGGAGUCGCCGUGCCCGAGCAGCCCCGGAUAACGUUAGCUAAAUGGAGUUUUGUCGCGUAGGCUUUGUUGCAACUCCACGGCUAACAGGCGUGUUCACGGAUUUGAUAAACUGACCAUGUCAACUAGCAGAAAUUGCUAACUUAAUCAUUUGGGUUAGCUACACGUGACACGCGUUAUAUCGCUUCAACAAUUAGCUGCUCUAUCUCUGGCCGUCCUUGGAGGCUUCACUGACAUUAAUUGGUUUCAGACGGCGCGCGUCAGGAUGGCACAGCUCGUGGACGGGGCCGGCAAACUGGGCUGGGUUCUCCUCAAGUCUGUGCUCCGUUUUGUGUUUAUGUUCUUCAACAACUGUGUAGCCAUCCCAUCGUACUGCUUAUACCUGCUGCUCCUCCAGCCGCUGAGAAUAUGGGACAGCUCCACUUUCUGGCACAUCGAGGGGGUCAUGUUUAAAUGGUUGCUGGCCAUGGUGUCUUCGUGGGGCUGGAUUGCUGGUUAUACAGUAACGGAGUGGGGCGACGACGUGCGGCCCAUCUCUGAGGAGGAAGCCAUGGUCAUUGUCAACCACCAAUCCACAGGAGACGUGUGCACCCUCAUGAUGUGCCUGCAAGACAAGGGCACGGUGGUACGAAAAAUGAUGUGGUUGAUGGACCAUGUGUUCAAAUACACCAAUUUUGGCCUAGUGUCCCUGAUCCAUGGGGACUUCUUCAUCAGACAGGGUAAAGCUCACAGAGACAAACAGCUGAUCUACCUGAAGGACCACCUAGACAAAUACUACCACAGCCGCGACAGGAAGUGGAUAGUGCUGUUCCCCGAGGGCGGCUUCCUGCGCAAGCGGCGGGAAACCAGCCAGCUGUUCGCCAAGAAGAACUCUCUGCCCCACCUGACCCACGUCACGCUGCCUCGCCUCGGGGCCACCCACGUCAUCCUGAAAACCCUGUGCGCCCCGCUGGAGAACGGCAGCGUGGGCAGCGACGCCGGCACCUCCAACCAGACAGGUAACAAGCGCAGAGGCUUGCAGUGGGUAAUAGAUAUGACUAUAGCCUAUCCUAAAGCCAAACCCAUGGACAUCCAGACCUGGAUCUUCGGCUACAGGCCUCCCACCGUCACGCACGUACAUUACAGGAUGUACCCAAUAAAAGAGGUUCCUCUGGAGGCUGAGGCCCUGACUGACUGGCUGUAUCAGAGGUUUGUGGAGAAGGAAGAGCUGCUGACUCACUUCUAUGACAAAGGAUCAUUCCCUCCUCCGGAAGGACAGAAGCAGGCGGUUUCCCGGCUGAUGACCCUCGACCCCGUGUGGCUGUGUCUCGUCCAGUCGUUCGCGUUCGCCUCCGGCUACAUUUGGUUCAACGUCCUCCAGUACUUCUACUGCUGUUUAUUUUGAGCGCGCUGAGGAGCAAAGUCUUCACUGGACCCCUGGAAAAGCCUCAGGAUCAGUUAGUGUGCGGCCCAGCGUUGUUUAGCCCCCAUACGAUGGAUGAAUGUACAUUUUAAAAGGAGGAGACACAUCUAAAAACAAGUACACAGAUUACACAACCUAUGUCAUAGAGAAACUGAGCACACGCACCAUUUCCUCUCACACUACACACCCACUGCAACGGCCUAGCAGAAUAAUCUCGAUGUUUGAUGUUUACACGUCCGCAUACACAGACACUCACUCAUACAUAACCUUCUAUUCAGCGUUACUGAAACGAGGCUCAGGACUCCUCCAGACGUGGUUCUGGAACGGACUCGCUCUCUCUCUGUUCCCUCCUCCCAGGCUUUAGCAGUAGUACUUUUACUAAGGAUAAAGUAUGUAUGGACACAAGUGAGUGACUAGAAGCAUAACGUCUGCCCCUGUUCUUCUUCCUGGUGCGAGUCAAAUCCCACUGGACCCGUCUUUGUGCCCGCCGACGUUCCUAUUGGCAAGACCUUUCAGAGCGAGCGGUGCAGCCAGCUCCUCUGGCCUUCAUUGCACUAAGGAUCCAUACUGCCCUAAUAGCUCCCUGCCCCAGGACCGACUCCUGACUGGUAGCUGUAACCGCUUUCCUCUUUUUUUUUUUUUUUUUUUAAUCUUCCCCUGAACCUGCAUAUCUCCACGGCAGCAGCCAUCGUAUUUGUUGUUGUCUCCAUUUUUCUCGCCAUGGCCCGGACCGUUUCUUCCCGCGUGCGUCUGUCUGUCUGUCUGGCGAGGCAGUAUUUUGAGCUCACCGAGGACGAGGGAUCAUGUUUACACCGCUGGCCCUGCUGAAAGCCUGAAGGGCCGGCGGCCGCGAUGCAGCGCUUGAUUAAGGAUCUGUUUUCUGUUCAGCGUGUUAAAAAAAAAAGAAAGGCGGACGACGAGGCAGCGCUCCACGCUGCUUUAAAAAUAAAAAAAAGAACUAAAAACAAAAAAGGAAGGAAGAAAAACCCUGCUGGUGCACGCAGCAAGAAGAGGCGGAUCACCUGGGAAGGAUCUCCCUCCGGGGAUUCUGCAUUCGCACCCUUCGCUGUCCAGCGUGCGAACACACACACACUUGCAGACAAACACAUGCAGCUCCACAGCAGAGUAGACGUCUAAGGAUCAUCUCAGCUAGCCUGACUGUGAAGGCAGACUCUCCUUCCCCUACUGGACUACUUAGUUUUACAAAUAUUUAAGCCAUAUGCUUAGUGUUGUCGGGGUGGGGGAAAAGACCGGGGGGCAGAUUUUUAUAGAAAGCUACCCUAAUGUUCAGCAUUCUAAAAUAGAGAUUUUGGCUCACAGAACUAUAGGUGUCAUUACUGUAAAUUUACAGCAUAACCUGCCUAAGUGAGUGUGUGUGGUUGUCUUCUCCCCCUCCAUUUUUGAUAUAUACUAUUCAUGUUGUGUUGCUCUGUGAUGUCGGAGUGUGGCGCCAACUUCACCGCGAGUGGGUCAUAUUUUGCCUUUUGUUUUACAGUCCAUCUCCGCUGUCGUCCUCAUGUCACAGUAUGUUGAAAUCUUGUACAUAACGAAGCUUGAGGAAGAGUCGUCACUGUUGGAAGCGUAUCGGAGUCUGUUCUGGUGUCGGAGAAUUUUUAAGUUUAAAUUAUCAUAAUUGUUAAAAAAAGGAAAAACGAGGAUCACGUCUUCAGUUCUGUGUUGCCCUGUAUUCUUUUAGUUGCUGUUCUUUUAUUCUACAGCUACUGUACGUGUGUGUGCUGCCCGACACUGUUGCAGAGCAGCACAUGGGCCCAGUUUCCAACUUGUGCAAUUGUGCAUUUUGGAUAAUCAGGAUUUUAGCGGAGAACCUCGACUGUCAAGCCUUACCUGACGUCCCGGUGGAGCGCAGUCCCAGCUAUCAAGCUGUUUCCAGGAGUGGAGCUGAAACUGGGCCAGCGAGGCAGGGAUCAGUGUUCAGUGGGGGGGUCUGGCAGGGCCCUGCUACGAUGCGACGGUCUCGCCCUCCGUUGUGUUGCUCCGAGGUAAAUUACAUGUAAUUUGCUUAGCCUGCUUUAAUUAGGGGAAUUAGAGAGGAGCAGCGGUUAUCACUGUCCUGACCGACGCGUCCUAGAAGCUACUGUUCUCCCUGUGUGACAUUAAAAAGGGCUACCUGACCAGGUAGGUGCAAACACUUGACUGUAACAGCGCUUCAUUCAACGGCCCUUUCAGAUUCUCCUCCGUGCUGAGAGUGUUAUGAAAUAAGUCAUCAUUCUUUUCACCUUUUGGGUUUUUUUUUUUUUGUUUGUUUGUUUUUUGACCAUGUUUCCAAAGAAGGCAGGGAAAUAAUGCUUUCCAACAUGUGGUUUUAGGAGAUAAACACAUUAGGAAUUUAAACAAAUUAUACUAGGACUGUCUGUAAUUUUCCAUUUUGUACGUCUCCUUUGAUUCCUUGCUACACAGCCAUUUUACAACACAAACAAUUGUGCUGGAAUAAAACAUCAUAAAGAUCCUAAA